GUUGUUUGACAGGAGUGCAGUCGAUUUUCUUGUGUACAAAAGUGGCAAAAAGAAGCAUUUUCCCCAUCUGUUGGAGAAGAAUAUUGGAUAUAAAUUAUCAUUUUCACUCACAGGACAAUUAUCUUUUGACAUGCCUUCCAGUAGAAAGAAAAAGAAUAUUGCCACUUUGGGUGAAAACAUAAGAUAUUUAGCAGGCCUAAACAUUACUCCAGCCCAAAAUACUCUGCUAAUGGAGGGAACAAGGACCAGAUCAGGCGAGGUAUCGGGGUUAUAUAUGCCAACAGCUGAUGCAACUGAUGAUGCCUCGCAUGGCCCCUCAGGCAGUGAUAAUUAUAGUGCCUCAGUCAGUACUGCCAACACACAGUCAGAUAAUAAGAGAAAAAGUAGAAAAAAAAGGCGUGAUAGGAAAAAAGAAAAACGUAUGCAGAGUACCACCUCACAGUCAGAAAGAGAGGAGAGUGAGCAUAGGAGAAAAAAACAUCGUAAGAGAAAAAAGAGUAGAAAAACAACAGAAAAUGAAUGCAGUACUUUCCGUGAGCCAGACAGGGUAGAGGGUAGUGAAAGGCAAAUUGAUGACAGGAAAGAUGGGAAAAUUGUUUCAGAAGGAGACAUUGACAAGCACCAGACAGGGGGAGAGUCGAUGCACAUUGAGGAGUCUGGGAAUGAAAUAUCUAAUCAAACUGAGACGGAGCACCAUGGAGAGAUUGAACAUAGUGAUGGUGAAACAGAUGAAAAACCAAACCAUGAGAAGAAUGAGCUUUGUGAUGGGAAAGCAAACAAACAAACAGACCAUGGGGAAGCAUCAGAGACCACAGAAGUAGAGUAUGAUACUGAUGCUGGCAGUCUUGUUUUCCCCAGUGGCUCAGGGGAAUCAGAAGGGUCUGAUGUGGAUACAGUUAAUCCCUAUAUAGGACUAAGCAGUAGAUCCAAGCAACGUAUAGGCAAGACUAUUGCUGUUAGAAGAAUAGAGGACACAUGGACACAUAAAUAUAGGUAUGAUGAGCCACAGGAAUAUCCUAAUGAUAGCAGUGAUGAUGAUGCAGAUGAUGAGGGGUGGUCAUCACAUUUGCAUUGCCAUUCAGAAAAACCAUUCACUGGCCCUGAGCCUGGGCCAAACAUACACAUUGCUGAGAAUAGCACUCCCCUUGAUGCAUUUCAUACAAUUUUCGCUCAUCGCUUAAUGAAAAAACUACGCAAAGAAACUAACAAGUAUGCUGAAUGGAAGCAAAAUAAGAAAUGCAAAAAAGAUGUUUUAUGGUAUCCUGUCACUGAUGAGGAGAUGAAAGCAUUUUUGGGAAUAGUCAUAACCAUGGGCGUUGAUCCGAAAAUGGCACUUAAUGACUACUGGUCUACCACAGAAUCCCUAAGAAAUGAAUUUGUAGCCAAAACCAUGUCCCGCAACAGAUUUAAGAAAAUAAUGCAGUAUUUUCACUGCAAUGAUGCUGACAAGGAUCCAGCCAAUAUAUCCAUGCCUUUAUUACGUGAUGCUGCUAGACGGGCACAGCCAUUGUACAAGGUAGCACCAGUGAUGGAUGAAAUAAUGGAAAAAUCACGUUCAUCAUACAACCUCCACAGACAAAUUGCAAUUGAUGAAGCCAUAGUGGGCUACAAAGAGGGCCAUGGUAAAUCUCGGGCCAAGGGGUUUAAAGUACAUGUAAUGGCUGAUGCAGUAUCCAGCUAUGUAGGUGCAAUUGAGUUCAUGACCACCACUGCAUCUGACCACACAAGAACUGACAAAGUAACACUCAAUUUAUGUGUUGACCUGAUUAGACAUAUUGGUGGACGUAACCACAUCUUGUACACAAAUAAUUUUUACACAAGUCCAGAGCUUGCUACAACCAUGUUGAAUGAACAUGCUGUACUCAUUGUUGGUAGCACUCACCAAUCAAGGAUAGGAUUUCCUACUUGCCUCAGAGGAGACCAAAAAAACCCGAACAUGGCCAAAAUUGAGCAUUUAGAGCGAGGAAAAAGCACCAUAACCUGUGAGACGCAGUAUGAUGAAGCAGACCAGGCUCAAGCACAACAACUAUGGGCAGAGAAAAACACCCCAUAG